AUGAUCGGUCCUCCUCCGAAGAGCUCCACAGACUCUCAGGGAUCUGAGCUCCAGCAUCGCACUGUGACCGGCAUCACAAAACUCUACUGGAGGUGUGUGCAGCUGUGUGCGUGUCUGCAGGGUAAGACUUCCAGCUCCAGAGACCAGGUGGGAGCCAUGCUGUGGUUCUUAACAGCGGUGUGUGUGGCGUGUGUUCAGCAGUGUGUGUGUUACCCUGAUGGCUCAGUGCUGCCAGCCUGUGGCAACAUGCUGCCUGAACACCCCCCCUUCACCCCCGCCACCAGCAGCCCCCCCUACACUGUGUCUGUGGACAGUGCCGCCUACAAACCUGGAGGUCUCCUCAUAGUGACGGUGGAGGUGAAGAACAGCUCCACAUACUUCGAGGGAUUCCUGCUACAGGCCCGCAGCAGGGGGAGCAAUGCAGUGCUGGUUCCUGUGGGGUGGUUCACCAACAUCAACAGCAGCAUGUUCACCUCACUGUCCUGCAGCAACCUGCAGAACUCGGCUGUCAGUCAGGCGUCAAAUGUCAAGAAGAAGAAAGUACAACUGACCUGGGAGGCUCCUAGCAACAGUAACUAUGGAGACAUCUACUUUAGUGCCACUCUGGUCCAGGACUACACCACGUUCUGGGUCCAGCUGAACAGCAGCACUGUGACUCUGGAGCGGGGGAGUAACUCUGCAGCGGGGGUGUUUUACUCAUCAGCCCUGCUGUUCAUCAAUCUGCUGAGUCUGUCUGCCUUCUGCUGAAACACACACACAAAAAGAGAGGAGCCAUGUCCUGUAACAGUUUAUUCAGCAUUGCUACUGUAACACUAUGCAAACAGGCUUUACAACAU